UGCAAUAACCUUUGGCGGAGGGCACGGAUUUCACUGACCGAAGACAUUUUUCUUCGCACUCAAAAACGACCCGUCGCCGGGCGGAACGAUCAACCACCAACUUCAAACACUUGUUGCAAACGAGUCCGCCGGGAGAGAAAUGUCGAUUUUCCUUUAAGAUUCGACCGGAAUUUUGGACUUUGCCUCAAGCUCUGGUGUCAAUACGAGCUCCGGCGGGGAGGUAGGAUCAUUUCUGCAGCUGCGACGAUGAGCAGAAAUCCCAGAUCCUCCGCCGUUAUCCCUCACCGGAAUAACCCUAAGUCUCUUCCGUUGGUUGUUACUCUUAACUGCAUCGAAGAUUGUUCGCUUGAACAGGAUUGUCUGGCUGGCGUUGCUGUUGUGGAGCAUGUGCCGCUUAGUCGUUUGGCGGACGGGAAAAUUGAGUCGGCUACGGCGGUGCUUCUUCACUCGCUUGCGUACCUUCCGCGGGCUGCUCAGCGUCGGCUUCAUCCUUACCAUCUUAUUCUCUGCCUUGGUUCUGCUGACCGCUCUGUCGAUUCUGCUUUGGCUUCGGAUCUCGGUCUUCGUUUGAUUCAUGUCGAUACUUCCCGGGCGGAGGAGAUUGCCGACUCUGUCAUGGCGCUUUUUCUUGGCUUGCUUCGUCGGACUCAUCUACUCUCGCGUCAUACACUCUCUGCUUCGGGAUGGCUCGGUUCUGUCCAGCCUCUUUGCCGUGGAAUGAGGCGCUGUCGAGGACUGGUUUUGGGAAUCGUUGGUAGAUCUUCUUCAGCUAGGGCUUUGGCUACGAGGAGCUUAGCUUUCAAGAUUAGCGUGCUUUAUUUUGACGUCAAUGAUGGAAAGGGAAAAGUGAGCAAGUCGACAGUAACGUUUCCAUCUGCUGCUCGAAGAAUGGAUACUCUUAAUGAUUUGCUUGCUGCAAGUGAUCUCGUUUCACUUCAUUGUGCCCUAACAAAUGACACGGUUCAGAUUAUCAGUGCUGAAUGUCUGCAGCAUAUAAAGCCUGGGGCGUUUCUUGUUAACACUGGUAGCAGCCAACUAUUAGAUGAUUGUGCUGUGAAGCAACUUUUGAUCGAUGGAACCUUGGCUGGCUGUGCCCUGGAUGGUGCUGAAGGGCCACAGUGGAUGGAAGCAUGGGUGAAGGAAAUGCCAAAUGUUUUGAUUCUUCCGCACAGUGCAGAUUAUAGUGAAGAGGUAUGGAUGGAGAUCAGGGAGAAAUGCGUCUCAAUAUUACAAACGUUCUUUGUUGAUGGGGUAGUUCCUGAGAAUGCCAUCUCUGAUGAGGAUGAAGAUGAAAGUGAAGUUACUGAAGUAAAAGAACAGUCUGAUGGUCGAGGCAAAGAAGUCAGCAUUCAGCUUGCUGCUGUUGAACGGUUGACUGAUGAUAACCACUUAACUCCAAUGAACUCCCAGAAGAAAGGGUUGAAUCUCUCAACUGGGUCAUCCAGUCAGCCCCAGAAUUCCACUUUGUCACAAACUACCGUCACCAGAUCUGAUGGAAGACGCAGUAGGUCUGGUAAGAAAGCCAAAAAAAGGCAUACACGUCAAAAAUCUCAACAGAAGUUAGACGAUAAUCUCAUGUUAGAAAAGGAAAGUACCUCUCAUCGAGAAGAUGAUACUGCUAUGAGUGGCACAGAUCAAGUUUUAAGUUCAAGUUCUCGAUUUCCUUCCCCUGAUGAAUCAAGAAACAGGAAAGUUCCUUUGGAGACUAUGCAAGAAUCUACCUCAGAUCCAUCAUAUAAAUCUAGCAAGAAAUUAGUUAGAAAGUCUAUUGAUCAGCUGAAAGAUGGCUAUAUUAUAGCCAUAUAUGCUAGAGAUCAUCCUGCACUCCAUGUAUCCCGGCAACGAGUUAAAGGUGGUGGUUGGUUUCUUGAUACCAUGACAGAUGUGACAAAAAGAGACCCUGCUGCCCAGUUUCUGGUUGUUUUCAGAAAUAAGGAUACAAUUGGUCUUCGAUCUCUAUCUGCUGGCGGGAAGUUAUUGCAGAUAAAUCGUAGAACAGAGUUCGUAUUUGCUAGCCACAGUUUUGAUGUUUGGGAGAGUUGGACACUAGAAGGCUCUCUGGAAGAAUGUAGGCUGGCCAAUUGUAGAAACCCCCUGGCACUUUUGGACGUGCGCAUUGAAGUCCUCGCAACCGUAGGUGACGAUGGAGUUACCCGUUGGCUAGAUUAGACGAAGUCUUCAAAUUUUCCACCCCAUUUGUCGACUAAUUCAAGGUUUGCUUAACUUUGAAAGGUUUAAAAGUUGUAGAGCAUUUUUUUCUUCCCUUGUUUUUGGUUAGCUUAUUAUUCCUCUUUCGGUUGAUUGCCUUCUUUACUAUAUAGGCUUUGAAGUUGUAGGCUAUUAUUUAUUCAACCUGUGGAUGAAUGAGUGUGCUUUGUAAUCUAUUUUAGGGCUUUGCCGAGAGUUUUUUUUAAGAUUGAACGCACUUUCUUUCUCCUCAGUGUAAAACGUAAACCAAUGUAUUGCUCAAUUAGUUCA